AUGGCUGCAAUUCUGGCUGCGAUAAACACACUGGGCACCAGAUUUGAUAAACUGGAGAAACAGCUAGGAGAUAUAAAGGCUCAGAUCAAAGAGAAUACGGUCAUGAUUGGCAGCUUGGCAAAAGCUCUGGAGUUCAAUGCAGCAGAACUCAAAGAAUGUAAAAGUAAAGUGAUUAAGUUAGAAGAGAGAAUGACACUGCUGGAAAAAGAGAACGCGGACCUCAAAGGAAGAACGGCAGAACAUGAAAGCAAUGUGGAACCUCACAGACCGCCUUCUCACAAGAAAAGCCGCCCUCGGCCCUCUGAGCUCUGUAAAGGCUGCAGGGAGGUCAUUGAAAAAGUACAAAAGCGUUACUCUCAACCCUGGAAGAAGCAGGAAGACAAUUACCAAAAGUUCAGAACUCAGCUGAACAGCAAGUGCCAUGGUUUUGACAAGGCCAUGAUUACCCAGGCCAACACUCCAGUGGGAUCAAAGCUUGUAUAUGACGGAGAAAAGAAGAGGACCCUCCAGGUUACCCCAGAGAUUUUCAGCACCUUUGCAAAAGAGCAUCCGUUCCCAAAUAAAACAUGGGACACGUGUGCUGUUGUUGGGAACGGAGGGAUCCUGACAGACAGCGGCUGUGGAAAGAUGAUCGAUUCCGCUCAAUUUGUUAUCAGGUGCAACCUACCUCCUUUGGAAAAAAGCUAUGAGAAACAUGUGGGCAUCAAGACAGACCUUGUGACAGCAAACCCAAGCAUCUUCAUAGAGAAGUAUGGGGCUCUAAUGGGGCAUCGUCGUCAGUUCGUGGAGAGUCUGCGUUGCUACGGCAACUCCUUGCUGCUCCUUCCCGCCUUCUCCAUUGGCCACAACACUCCUGUGUGCAUGCGGGCCGUCUACAGCAUUGAGGACUUUGAAAGCCCCACCAGGCCCAUCUUUUUUAACCCUGAGUACCUCCAGAGUCUGGCCCUCUUCUGGCGCUCCCAAGGCCUACGAGCAGUACGGCUCAGCACCGGCAUAAUGAUGGCCAGCCUGGCGCUGGAACACUGUGCCAACGUGCAUCUGUACGGGUUCUGGCCCUUCAGUAAUCACCCAGAUGGACUCUAUGCCCUGACUAACCACUACUACGAUGACAGACAAACUAAAGCAAAAUUCCACGCCAUGCCGGCUGAGUUUGACCUCUUGUUGCGGCUGCACAGUCAGGGGGUGCUCAGGCUUCACCUGGGAGAUUGUUGACCAGCUGACAGGACAGGAGCAAAGUGCCUUGUUUGUAGCCCAGUAACUUGUGAAAUCUUUCAUAUACUUUUGAAUGAUU